UCUCUUCUGAUAAUAAUUCAAGAUUAAACUUUUAAUUUAUAUAAUACAAUGUUUUUUUCAUGUGGUUGAUGUUUAGCCCCGAAUGAGCAGUUGGCUCAAGUAAUAUAAGUGGCCUGACUCUUUAUGAGCCUAAGUACGCCUUUAAAUCAGGGAUAAAUUAAAGAUAUUCGCCAAUAACUAGCUCAGUUCUGCCUAAGGUGCUAGCAAACUGGACAAUGCCAGCAUGUGUAGCAGUCGAAUGAAUCAAAAGCUGCUUCUUCUAACACCACCCAUCCAUUUCCGUCCCCACCCACCACAUUUCUUAACCAUCCAUCACCCCUCAUUGAUUCCAAAUCCCAACCCAUCAAUCAAAUCCAUGGUCCUAGUAAGUUGAGCACCAGCUAGCCUGACUUACUUUGAGUUUGGUUAAUCGAGUCAUGAUAUUUUGAACCAUACAUGUAGCCGCCAAAAUGAAGCUUAAAUUUCAACCAUGACUGAUUAUGCAAGAAUGCAAAAAAUGGGAGCCGUGAAGGGUGUUACAGAUGGACCUGCGCCAGGAGACACCUACAGAAUUGCUUAUAUUAUCCAUUUCCUUCUUGGUGCAGGGAAUUUGCUUCCGUGGAAUGUUUUUAUAACAGCAGUUGAUUACUUUGGUUGUCUCUAUCCAGCUAGGAAUGUUGAAAAGGUUUUCUCUGUGGCUUACAUGACUUGUUCAUUACUAGUUCUAGUUUUAGCGGUGAGCAGGGGUGGCUGGAGUUCCAAGCUGAGUUAUAGAUUGAGAAUGAACUUGGGGUUUUUCAUGUUUGUUCUCUCUCUAAUGGUGCCUCCAAUUAUAGACCGAACUUGGAGCAAGAAGGGAUCAAAUGCAGCAUAUGGUGUGACAGUGGCAUCAGUUGUGAUCUGUGGUUUAGCUGAUGGCUUGAUCGCUGGAAGCUUGAUAGGAUCGGCUGGAAAACUUCCAAAAGAGUAUAUGCAAGCUGUUUUUGCAGGAACAGCUUCUUCAGGUGUUCUCGUUUCUAUUUUGAGAAUUUCAACAAAGGCAUCACUCCCACAGACCUCACAGGGACUUCGAACAAGUGCCCACUUCUACUUUAUAGUCAGCACAGUUAUCAUGCUAUGCUGCUGUCUGGGUUGCAACUUGUUAAACAAGUUACCAAUCAUGCAGCAUCACCACAGACUUCUUAGUGUUAGUGAUGAUCCCCUUUCUUCGCAGCAAAAGUUUUGGACAGUGGCAAGAAAAAUUCAGCAGCCAGCUUUUGGGGUCCUACUUAUAUCCACAGUCACUCUGUCAAUUUUCCCAGGAUUCAUUGCUGAAAACCUGAAAUCUAAGCUUCUUCAGGAUUGGUAUCCUGUUCUGCUGAUCACAGUUUAUAAUGUUUCAGACUUUCUGGGUAAGUCUUUCACUGCAAUAUAUGUUCUGAAGAGUGUGAAAAGGGCAACAUGGGCUUGCACUGCCAGGGUUUUGUUCUAUCCACUCUUUGCUGUCUGCCUCCACGGACCCAAAUGGUUGAGAAGUGAAGCACCUUUUGUAGCUCUAACAUUCAUCCUCGGGUUGACUAAUGGGUAUCUCACAAGUGUCAUCAUGAUCCUCACUCCUAAGUUGGUGCCCAUUGCAGAAGCAGAGAUAGCUGCGAUUGUGAUGAUUUUGUCCCUUGGAAUUGGGCUUGUUGGUGGUUCAAUUCUUGGUUGGUUUUGGAUGAUUUAAAGCUUUUCAAGUUCCCAGGCUCAUGGUCACUUGUGACUGGGAAGAAAUUAGGCUUCUAAAUUAGACAUUGGAAUAUCUUCAUGUAAACCCUUCAUAAUAUGAACCAUUAGUCAAUAAGAAAAUCAUUUUGGAAUA